UUUUUCCGAUUGACCGUCCGUAGGUACACACGUGUCUCUUCCAGUUGUUUUUUUACUUGAAAGUUCGCAUAUUUCAAUUUAUUUUUCAUCCCUGUUAGUCAUUCUUGCUGGUUAACUUCAUUACGUAUCUUUUUUCCUAUAAAUCAAAAUGUCUGACAAUUCUUAUAAAGAACUUUUGACGUUCCUUGGCCCUCAAAAUCGUCGCGACAUAAGACUCGGAGCUCUCUCGAUAUUAUUAAAAACAACAGCCGAUAUUGAUGGACGUCAAAACUGGUACAAAAGUUGUCCUGAAGCAAUUGAAACUUUGAUGAUUUGCCUUCAAGAUGCCGACCCUGUUAUUGCCAAGAGUUCAUUUUCUUUCUUGAUUAAUAUUUCCUCUGACAGAGAUGGAGCAGAACUCAUUUUAAAAAAUGAGUUUGAUGACACUCCCUCUGAGGUAAAAUCAUGCCGAACAAAUAGUGUAUUGUCACAAUUGUUUGACAAUGUGUUGGAUCCUGAGUCAGUUGUUGCCGAUCAUGCCAGUUCAAUUUUAGCAAACCUAUCUAGGUAUCCUGUUCCGACAGAUCAAAUUCAUGACUUCAUUCAAGCAAACGAAGAGAAGUACUCUUUACAAAACUUGGUAUCAGCUUUCACAAAAAUCAACUAUAAUACAGCGAAGUGUUCAUUAGAUACCCUAGCCUUUUUCUUUGCAAACCUCAGUCAAUCUGCCAAACUUAGGAAAAUGUUUCUAAAUCGCAAAGAAAAUAUUAUCAGAAGUUUCCUAUCUUUCGUUGGCUAUGAAAAGUCGGAGAUCAGAAAAAGUGGCGUUGUUACCUUAAUAAAAAACUGCUGUUUUGAUCAAGAGCAUCAUGAAUGGCUGUUAAGCCCUGAAGUAGAAAUCUUACCCCAUUUGCUUUUGCCACUUGCUGGACCCGAGCAAUUUGAUGACGAAGACAAUGAAAAGUUACCUGUGGAUUUACAAUACUUGCCUGAAACUAAAAUGAGAGAACCGAAUCCUUCAAUCAGGAAGUGCCUUUUGGAAGCUCUUCUCAAGCUGUGUGCCACUAAAACGUGCAGAACAAUAUUAAGAGAUUGUAAUACAUACAUCAUCUUACGAGAGCUGCAUAAAUGGGAGAAGGAUAGCGAAACACUCCUAGCCUGUGAGAAUGUUGUUGACAUAUUAAUCAGGACGGAAGAAGAAAUAGGCAUCGAAAACUUACUUGAAGUAGAAGUACCCUCAGAUUUGAAAGAGAAAUUCGAGAAAUUAACCGUUGAAAGUCUGAAUGAUCAGUGAGAUACUGUCCAAUGAAGGUAAACUGAGUAAGCAGAACUGACAGUUGCUGGAAUUGAAGUUGUAUUGUAGUAGCACCACCUGUGCAUUGACCACUAAACUUAUGAGUUGGGUAUGUUUUUUGCUACUGUACGGCUUCAUGUCCUCUGUAAAGAUAAGGAAAUCUGAACUGAAUUAAAUUUUCAAGUUUUUGGCUUUUGAAAGUAGUGCUCAAACUACAUUAUUCAUGGAUCAAUUGCGUAGGUCCCGUAAGGGUGCCUUGCUGGUCAGCUUCCCUGCACCACUAAACACCACGGCUCAUGUUAGUGGACCUUCACUCCUUCUUUACCUAAUUGAAGAUUCUGAUCCCAAAAAUUGUAUUAAAUCUGUCAUGCUCCAGACUUUAAACAUACAAUAGUGCUUAAAAAAAAUUGUUAGAAAACAUUAAAAAAGAAUGUUGGUCUCUCAGAAUGCAGGGAAGAUCCAAGGGGUUUUUGAUUUUUCCAAGUUAAAUAGGACAUCAUUUGCAUUGGUUUCUUGUUGUCAGUCAAACUGGUCUUAGCCAAAAUGCAAGACUUUUUCUUCUUUUGAAAUUAACAUGAAAGGGUUUAGGAAGAAUAAGUCUCAAGUUAAAUGUUAUUUGUUAUAUAUAAGAUUGUAUUUUUCCCUGCCAUAUGUUAUAUUUUUUUAGAGAAAAUGAAACUUUUGAAUUAAAAUGAUAACUUUCUUAAAAAUUAUAGAGAUUUAUUUCUGGAA